CCUGCUCAAACUCUCCCAUGCGUUUCUCCAAACACGCUUUCCAUCUCAGAAGCAGAUAAACGUGCAUUCCGCUGGACUGCUAGGACCUCUUCGAGCUCUUUUCUUUGAGAUUUAGAUUUUUCCUGUAGCUUUGAGCGCAGGUUCUUCUUGAAAUCUAGUCUGCAGAUAUUCAAGGGUGUUGCAACAAAGAAAAUCCUCCUAAAUGCUGACAGAGACUUGUGGCCUGAUGGGAUCGGAUGUCAGAGACCUGAGCGCCCUGCUUCCAGCGGUCCCGAACGCAAACUGUUCCCUGCCUGUCGGCGGAGCUCCGCAGUGGGGACCGAUGCUGGACUUUCACCCUGCCUCCCCGUAUGGAUCUCUUCCCUCCCACUCCUUCAUCAAACAGGAGCCGGGCUGGGGGCCCGCAGACCCUCACGAGGAUCCGCACUGCGGUUUGGGGGCCUUCACCGUGCACUUCUCGGGGCAGCUCAUGGGGAUGCACGGGGCGUUUGCUGAUUCUCCGUCCAGCCAGAGCAGGAUGUUCUCCAGCGGGCCUUAUCUGCCAGGCUGCAUGGACAGCCCUCCUGCCCCGCGCACCCAGGGUUAUGGUACAGGAGCAUUAGAUGGAGCUCCCAAUUACGGACACACACCUGCUCACCACACUCCACCAUUCCCCAUCAAUACCUUCAAACAUGAGGACCCCAUGUCCCCCCAAAGCACCAUGGUGUACUUCAAAUCUUACAAUCACAGUGGUGGUUAUGAGGCCGAAGCGUCUGCAGGAGCUCCGCUGGUGUACAACUGCAGCACUCAGUAUCACAUACACACACAUGGUGUGUUCAGAGGAGUACAGGAUGUGCGGAGAGUACCAGGCAUCGCUCCCUCCAUUAAAUCAUCAGAGAGCAGUGAGAAACGGCCUUUCAUGUGUUCUUACCCCGGCUGCAGUAAGAGAUACUUCAAACUGUCCCACCUGCAGAUGCACGGCAGGAAACACACAGGUGAGAAGCCCUACCAAUGUGACUACACAGACUGCGGCCGCAGGUUUUCCAGAUCUGACCAACUCAAGAGACACCAGCGCAGACACACAGGCGUCAAACCCUUUCAGUGUGAGACAUGUCAAAGAAAGUUUUCACGCUCAGACCAUCUUAAGACCCACACUCGGACUCAUACAGGUGAGAAGCCGUUUGCGUGCCGCUGGCCCAGCUGUCAGAAGAAGUUCUCCCGCUCAGAUGAGCUGGUCAGACAUCACAGUAUGCAUCAGAGAAACGUGAGCAAACUCCAGGCUGCUGUUUGAGACACUGUACACGCACUGUAUAUAUAAACACACACAAACACACACACUGAAACACUCUCAACAGUUAAGACCUGUCAGUCAGUGAACUGCACUGCUGAUCUGAUAACAUGAAUCAUAGCAUCCCUAUAAGAGAGAAAAUGGUGCGAAUGCAUAUAUAAAUAUGGAGUUUUAUUGAAGUUUGCCUUAUUGUAUUUGACAUGGAACACUGCCAUUUGCUGAACAAUGUGUCUGCAUCAUUUUGGGUCAUCUCAUUUUGUACUUUUUCCAUUUGUAAUAGUUUUUUUUUUUUUACAUAUAUGGACAGUUGAUUGCACUGGGUAUACUUGUUUUUUGUUUAAUUGGCAAGAUGUGCUGGGUCACUUUCAUUUCUUAAUUUGGAAAAUAAAUUGUGGAUGAGUGAGAAC